AUGCCCAAGCGGAAUCGAAGUUGUGUCGCCACGCCACAACGUGGAGUACUAACCACUAUACUACUUGGCCGAAAGCGUAGCGUUGAAAUAAGAUACAAAUUGGUAUUACGUAUUGUAGAGACUACCCAGAAUGUGGGUCUCACUGUCCCCUACAAAGCCUUCUCACCCAAAACAAUGCCCAAGACAGGAAUCGAAGUUGUGUCGCCACGCCCACAACGUGGAGUACUAACCACUAUACUACUUGGGCCGAAAGCACGACUUUGA